UUGUUUGCCAUUGGCUGGGUUCAGCCGAUAUCUACAAGGGAUUUCUCUCGCAAAAUUCAAAAAAAAUCAUUUUAAACAAAUAGAAACAGUCGGACAGUUACUCAGAAACUCUCCAACGGUCUUAGUAUUAAUUCUUGAUCUCUGAUUUUGAAAAAAAGAUAUGGGGGGCUGCAGGUGUUCUUACAGAAACUGCACGAACACGACCAAAACUCGCGACAAUCUCCACUUUUUCCACUACCCCGUGAAGCAGAAGGAGAGGUGCAGACAGUGGAUAGAAAACGCCCAGAAGCCCCAAUUUUAUGACCUGGACGAGGUCCAGUUGCGGAAUAAAGUGAUAUGUGAGACGCAUUUCAAAGAUUGUUACUUCCCCAACAUUCAGAAGAAGAGGCUGCUCCAGGGGGCUGUGCCCACGUUGGACGGUGACUGUGAGCCAAAGCGGACGCCCCCCAGUGAAAGUCCGCUCAAAAUCCAAGACGUUCAGGUCCUGCCCGCCAAUGCGGACGGGACAAUUUUUGUUUUGGAGACCAACAUGCAGAGCAAUUUCCAAUCGGAAAAGGUCCAGUCUUACAUUUACACCAACAACGGUCUCAUGGUCCCCAUAACCAAACUAAGCGACCCCGUCGAGAACAAUUUUUUCCCGGACAGUGACAUCGAGGUGGAGGUUGAGGAGACCCCACAGCCCCAAACCAAGCACAAGCCAGAGUCGGAAACUUUCACCGAAAGUCCGAAAAGUUUUGAACAUUUUUCGUACGAGAACAACCAAGGGAGUUCGGACGUCGAGAUGGUCACAGUUGAGCAAACAAAUGUGAAAAAAGUCGCCAAAACCACAAUGACCGACGAUAUUUUCCUAAAAACUAUGGGUAGUAAAUACGUCCAAAAAAUCAAUCAGAACAGUCGAGACAUCGCGAUUUUGAAACGACUCUUGAAGAGCAAAAGGCCGCCGAAACGGCCCCCAAAUUCAGUGGUCCUAAACUGUCUCAAAAGUCAAAUUCCGCCGAGUUUAAGUAGUGUAGUUAAUUUAAAUUUAAACGAUAAGUGCGACUUCACUCCCGAGGAGCUGGAGUUCUUCUCCACAAUCCACUCAACGUCGCCCCAAGUUUACGAAAUCCUGAGCCAAAAGUACAAGUGGAAGUUGCCAAACCCAGAGACUUUCAACAACAUCCCUGCGAAUAAAAACAACGGACAUGUGUACGGUGAGGAUUGAAACACGUUUGAUGUAAAGCAUGAUUUUUAAUAAAGCGAUUACAUUACAACAA